AUGAGCCGCAAGCAGAAGGCACUCGUCCAGGAGGAGGCGCUGCGAAAGCAGAGGGAAGCCGCAAUGCUGCCCAAAGAGCCACCCCGCCUGCCAUCUCAUUCACCUCUUCCCCAGAUCGCGAGUUUCGGGGGAGAUAACCGUCCCGAUUCUGUUGCCAUUGUCUCCAACAAAGUCAGUAACUUCAGUCCGAACUUCAGCAGGCCGUCAGUCGAGCAGCACAGAAUGGCGCCUAUCACCAACCUCGCUGUACUCCCACCUGUGCCUGGUAGCUCGCACUCCUUCAUAGAGACCGACCCCUAUGCCAGGACAGAGAGCAUGACCAACCGUGGCCGCUACAGCUAUGCCAGCAGCCAGAUCAGCGCCGUCAACAGCCCUCGCCGUGUGCGGAAGAAGAAGCAGCCUACACCUUUCAACAUCCUCGUACUAGGCACCAAGGGCUGCGGCAAGUCAUCGUUCAUCGAGUUCCUUCGCACUGCGCUUGCGCUGCCCGCCAGGAAGCGCCCUCACACCCCAUCUCCACCACCCAGCGCAGUCGCCGAAGACUCACCCUUCACCUCGCAAUACCUGGAGACAGAAGUAGACGGCGAGAGAGUUGGCAUCACUCUCUGGGACUCCGAAGGACUCGAGAAGAACAUCGUCGACUUCCAAUUGCCCAUCGUCACUUCUUUCCUCGAGUCCAAGUUCGAGGACACUUUCGGUGAAGAACAAAAGGUCAUUCGUGCGCCAGGCGCCAGCGACACCCACAUUCACUGCGUCUUUCUCAUUCUGGAUCCUACGCGCCUCGACGCCAACAUCGCGGAGGCCCGCAAGAAGUCGAAUGUCAUCAAUGUCGGCAGUGCCAUCUUUGGCGGGCUGGACGAGAACCUGGAUCUCAACGUACUUCGCGAGCUGCAAACCAGGACAGUUGUCGUACCUGUUAUCAGUAAGGCGGAUACCAUCACCGGCGCGCAUAUGCGUCAUUUGAAAAAGAUGGUCUGGGAUACUAUAAAGCGUGCAAAGUUGGACCCCCUGGAAGCCCUGAACCUUGACGAUCUCGAGGAUGACGAUACUGACCGACUGGAUGAGCGGGAUGAGGACGAAUACGCACAGUCAUCAGACAACGAAGGCAAGGCUGGUGUUCUGAAUAAGAUUCUUGGACGUUCAUCUUCCGAGGCGGCUCGUUCCAUUGCCUCUUCGCGCUCGUCUUCCGCCUCGCAGUCUCCCUCAACGUCUCCGCCCAGCGCUCGAAAGAACCACAGCCGCAAGCCGUCAGCGAUGUCUGCGUCGAUACAGAAGGAGGACGCCGAGACACCAUUUCUCCCAUUGAGCAUCAUCUCGCCCGACCCGUAUGAACCUGACGUUGGCGGCCGUAAAUUCCCAUGGGGCUUUGCGGAUCCUUACAACCCUGAGCAUUGUGAUUUCGUCAGGCUCAGGGAGAGCGUAUUCAGCGAAUGGCGAGCAGAGCUCCGUGAAGCAAGUCGAGAACAAUGGUACGAGGGCUGGCGGACAAGCCGACUGCAGAAGGGCAACAACCCUAGAAGACGUAUCGCGACGUCCGACGGGCCUACAGCGCAGCAAUUUUCUGUCCCUGGCUCAACCGGUCGUGCGUCGACCGCUGGUAGCCAGCAGUACCGUCCCUACCACAGCGAGAACAUUUGA